CGCCUCCCGGGAUUUAAGCGAGCGCCCGGGAGCGUCGGGGACUCCGCGCCGGGCCGAGGAAGACGAGCGGGGGCGGGGGAGGCGGCGGCGGCGGAGGAGGAAGGGCAAGGGGCGGAGAGCGCCCGGCCCGGGAGCCCCGCGGGUCAUCUUGAACGUCCAGAAUCUUUGCCAUCACCCGAUGCUGCUGAUAACACCGGGAUGGCUUUGAACUCAGGAUCACCGCCGGGAGUUGGACCUUACUAUGAAAACCAUGGAUACCAGCCCGAAAGCCUGUAUCCGGCGCCGCCGGCCACGGUCCCCAGUGUCUACGUGGCGUAUCCAGCCGCGUACUACCCGCCCGCGGUGCCCCAGUACACCCCCAGGGUGCUGACCCAGGCUUCGACACCCGCCGUCCGCACGCAGCCCAAGUCCCCAUCGGGGACGGCGUGUACCGCAAAGGCCAAGAAGGCGCUGUGCAUCACCAUCUCCCUGGGGGCCGUCCUGGCGGGAGCCGCCGUGACUGCGGUUCUGCUCUGGAAGUUCAUGGAGAACAAAUGCUCCGUGUCCGGGAUAGAGUGCGGCUCGUCGGGAACCUGCAUCAGCCCCUCUCACUGGUGCGACGGGGUCCUGCACUGCCCCAGCGGGGAGGACGAGAACCGAUGCGUUCGCCUCUACGGCCCGAACUUCAUCCUCCAGGUGUACUCUGCCCAGAGGAAGUCCUGGCACCCCGUGUGUCAGGACGACUGGAGCGACAGCUACGGGAGGGCCGCCUGCCAGGACAUGGGCUACCGGAAUAGUUUUUAUUCUAGUCAAGGGAUCGUGGAUGACAGCGGAGCCUCCAGCUUUAUGAAGCUGAACACAAGUGCCGGCAAUACGGACCUGUACAAGAAGCUGUACCACAGUGACAUCUGCGCCUCGAAAACAGUGGUUUCUUUGCGUUGUAUAGAGUGCGGGGUCACGGGGAAGACGAUGCGCCAGAGCCGGAUCGUGGGCGGGAGCAGCGCGUCCCCGGGGGACUGGCCCUGGCAGGUCAGCCUGCACGUGCAGGGCACCCACGUCUGCGGGGGCUCCAUCAUCACCCCCGAGUGGAUCGUGACAGCCGCCCACUGUGUGGAGGAACCCCUGAACAACCCCCGGUACUGGACGGUCUUCGCGGGCGUGCUGAGACAGUCUUUCAUGUUCUACGGACACGGAUACCGAGUGGGGAAAGUGAUCUCCCAUCCCAGUUACGACUCCAAGACCAAGAACAAUGACAUCGCUCUAAUGAAGCUGCAGACGCCUCUGACGUUCAGCGACAAAGUGAAACCGGUGUGUCUGCCCAACCCCGGCAUGAUGCUGGAGCCGAACCAGUCCUGCUGGAUUUCCGGGUGGGGGGCCACCCACGAGAAAGGGAAGACCUCGGACGAGCUGAACGCGGUCAUGGUGCCGCUCAUCGAGCCCUGGCGGUGCAACAGCAAGUACGUCUACAACAGCCUGGUCACGCCGGCCAUGAUCUGCGCGGGCUACCUGCGGGGAGGCACCGACUCCUGCCAGGGUGACAGCGGAGGUCCCCUGGUCACUUUGAAGAGCCGCAUCUGGUGGCUGAUUGGGGACACGAGCUGGGGAUCGGGCUGCGCCAAAGCUAACAGGCCAGGCGUGUACGGAAACGUGACGGUGUUUACGGACUGGAUUUACCGACAAAUGAGGGCAAACAGCUAAUCCAUGUGCCCUGUGUCCUUGGCACUGUGUCCGUGAGAAAGUGAAGGGGCCGGUUCUUCAUUCUCUGGGCACCAUGUAUUUCUAGAAAUGAUUGGAAGGUCCUUUCAUUGUUAUUAAAUAGUGCCUUUGUCUGUCUUUGGCGCUCUCCACAGUUCUGCGCAGGCCACAGGCCCUUGCUCCCUGACCCCUCGUCUGAAAGGGGUGACAGGGCCCAGCGGGGUGUGGGCACCUAGGGCCAGUGCAGAACAGGGGGUGGGGGCCUGCCGUGUUGGGAUCUUCCUCCCGAACCCACUGCGGGGACCACUUCUGGAUGCACCUGGGGCUAGUGACUUCUCAGCUGCUGGGUGGCUGGCAAUAGACAGGGAGGAAUCUGGGGGGGACGGUCAGGGCAAGCUUCUGGGGUCACUGCCGGUUAGGGCUACCCCUGGCCAACCCACAGGGGUCUUUGCUGAUCAUUUUUUAGUGCCUUCUCAGCAGCCCCGGGUGGUGGCUGGAAACCAGGGGACCAGCCCUUCAUGGCUGAAGACAAGAUUGCUCCUGCUCGCGAGGGCAAGAGCGUGGACAGAGCCCUCAGAACAAGGAAAGCCAUUGCAGACACGCCACCUCUGAGCACGGCUGGGCUGGUGGUCACUGCGCAUGGGGUGGGGCGCCCCUGAGGGAGACCUAGCCUUGCUCUCCAACCCCCUCUUCCUUGGAGAAUGGGGUGCCCUGCCGACCCUCUGGAGCCUGCUAAUCACAUGCAAAUCGAGGUCACCCCAGGGGAAAUCAGGGAUGCAUGAUUGAAGAUACACUGUUGCAUGUCAAGUUUCUACGUGUUACUACCUCAGUGCUCGCGGAGUCUUGGCCCACGCCUCGGAAGUAGUUGCUGCGUUUGGCUCUUUGAAGUGAUCGUCCUUGCCAAGCGCAAGACAGUGGCCAACUUGAACUGCUCUGCAGAGCGUCCCGCACACAGGUGCUGAGCAGCAGUGCCUGGGCCAGCACCGCAGAAGAGGAAGGGGCGUUCCGGACUCCCCGAGGUCCCUGUCGCCCUUCAGGCUUCCCAGGGAGGGAAGGGCCAUGGUUUGCCGAGUGGGGGCUUCGGGGCUCCGGGGCUCUUGGCUGUGAAUACUGCUUUCCAAGGCUCUGCGUUCGCUCAGGCCUGCUGGUUUCCCAGAAAAGAAGGAAGGAUUCUACCGCUGGGGCUUCACCUUGAAGCGGAAGGUCGUGGGGCCCCGUUCCCGGGAUCUGCGUGCCUCCUGGGCGGCAGCAUCUCGGGGGCCUUCCCAACCCUUGGCACUCCGCCUGCUCCCCAAGUCAGAUGUUCCAAAAGCACUGUCCUGGUGAGAAUGUGUUCCUUCCUUAACCUCUUUUUCUGUGACCACUGUUUGUCUUCUUUGUAUCUUCUUUUGUAUCUUUUUUAAACUGUAAAUUCAGUUGUGAAAUAUUGUACAAAUAAAUUAUGCAUUUUUUUUUUUUUUUUUUU